ACCUGAAAACACGUAAACCAGGUUUAUCUCUCCUUGGACACAAUAAGAAGUUCUGUCUUUUUAGUGAAUUUACAAUAAACCAGGGAUUCACACUAUUGUGGAGAGGCAGACACAAAGUCACUUUUUCCCUAUUUGGAUGUGGAUUGUGUCCCAGGGACCUGAACGCAGACAAAGAACAGGCGUUUGUUGGUGCGGUGAUACGCCCUAACCAAGAAGAGAGUGGAGAAGCUGGCCAUCCUGAGGUCUCUCCGUUAUUUAUGAAGUUUUCCUUGUGGCACAAAUAUGUUGAACUACAAAAGAAGUGGUGUGAUCUGAAGAGGUUUAAGCCCAAACUUGUAAAGGAGAUGAGCAAACGAUUAUACCCAGGAGCCAUGGAGCUGACCACCAUCCUCGCUCUUUCUAUCGUCCUCUUCCUCACUGUCUAUAUGCUUCUAUCAUGGUCCAGACUGAACAGAUACAAGUCACUGCCUCCUGGACCUACCCCAAUUCCUGUGCUGGGGACUCCCAAAUACAUGGACUUUAGAGACCCCAAGAUCUAUCAAAAACUCAGCCAGGAGUACGGCUCAGUAUUCACAAUCUGGAAAAUGUCAGAACCUGUGAUCGUUCUGUGUGGAUUUGAGACAGUAAAAGACGCCCUGAUAAACCAUGCCGAGCAGUUCAGUGCGCGACCGAUAAUCCCAGUAAUGGAAGUCUCCACCAAGGGAUACGAUAUUAAUGGACCACGAUGGCGCUCCCUUCGCCGCUUCGCUUUGGCAUAUCUUAGGAAAUGGGGAACUGGAAGUAGGACCUUGGACAUGAGAGUAUUGGCAGAGACCAAGUAUCUCCUGCAGGCUGUAUCAGAGACUGGAGGGAAACCCUUCAACCCGAGCAUGCUCCUGUCCUGCGCUGUGGGAAACAUCAUCAGUUCCUUGCUGUUUGGGGAGAAGUUUGAUUACAAGGAUGAGAAGCUGCGGGAACUUGUCUCGUGUACAGCCAGAUACAUUAAAGCGGUCAAAUCUCCACUCAGCACGAUCUGCAAUAUUGUCCCAGUUCUUCUGAAGAUCCCAUAUAUCAGAAAUAAAGCCAUCAAAGACACUACAUACAUCCAGCGGUUUGUGACAAAAUAUAUGGAGCAUCACAAAGGGACUUUUAAUCCGGUGAAACCAAAGAAUUAUAUAGACCAUUACCUAAUAAAGAUAAAGGAGGUGGAACAUGAGGUGGAUGCAGAUUUCUGUGACUUCAGUCUACUUGGGACCCUGGUAGGACUUUUAGCAGCGGGAAUUGACACCACAUCUUCCACCCUAAAAUUCAUGCUGAUGCUAAUAGCCCAUUAUCCAGAUGUGCAAGCUAAAGUUCAGCAGGAGAUAGACGAGGUCACCAAGUCCUUGCGUCCUCCAGAGCUCAUGGACAAACCCCAGAUGCCUUAUACAAAUGCUGUUAUCCAUGAGGUACAGAGAGUUCUUGACCUGGCUCCAACUGCACUUUUCCAUGCCACCACUGAAGACGUCAAGUUCAAAGGUUACAGCAUCCCAAAGGGAACAACUGUGAUCCCUUACCUCACAUCCGUCCUGACAGACCCAUCUCAGUGGGAGACUCCAGAAGAGUUCAACCCCAGGCAUUUCUUGAAUGAGGAGGGCCAGUUCCGCACAAAGUUGGCGUUCAUGGCUUUCUCAGUAGGGAAGCGAGCUUGUCUUGGAGAGAACCUGGCCAGCAUGAAUCUCUUCCUGUUCUUCUCCUCCCUGCUCCAGAGAUUUACCUUCACCCUCCCCGCGGGGACACAAUUUCAGGAUGCAAAACUUCUGAACCUAAACAAGAAUAACAUCAUUGGAUCAGGCAAGAUAUGUGCCGAACCUCGCUCUUUGUAAAAGUGACCGCACGCUGUCCAGUCACACAGGAAGAAAGGCAAUGAGAAGACAUAUUCCAGAAAAUGUGACCAAAUAAAGAUAUCAAAUAAAAAGUGUUGCAAUGUUUACAAUCUGAAUAAUAUUCCUUGUGCAAUAAUAGCUUUUUCUUGGAAACAACGGCUCAGGCGUCAUGUGUCAGAAUAAUUCCAUCUUGAUCUAUAGGUUAGAUAGGUUGUAGGAUCUGUAGGGUAAAAUCCACUUCUGCAUACUGAGCUGAUUCCAGUGUGGUGAGGUUCAGGAUCUGCUGAGGAUCAUCACCAUACCAUUAUUCUCUUUGAAAGUGUAUUGUAAUGAAUGAUUGAAUUUCUUGAAAAAAUUUUCAGGUUCAAUUCGGGGAAAAUAUAAGAACAAUUGCUUCAUGUCCAAAUUGAUUCUCCCCGAAUAGAAUAUGUUCCAUUUGGCCUGAGAAUUGGUAUAUGACAUUCUGGGGUCUUCUAAGACUCAUCUUUUUCUUUCUUUUAUUACUCUUUUUUUAUUUAUUUUUUAAAAAUGUUUGCUCAAUUUCUCCCCCUAACCCCUUUUAAGCUCUUGAAGACUAUGACAGCAAUAGCAAAUAAAGUCAGAGUGACAGUGACAUACAGAGCUAUGAGCAAUGCAUGGUUGAUGGUGUUACUAAAUGGCCUGUUUAAAAGCACACCGCACCAUCGCAAGU